AGCACCGUCCCCAGCGUGCGAAUAACCUCCACUGUACCAGCGACCCCGAGACGUCGCCCGCCCCUUUGCCGGGACUGCGACGCCCCCACCACUCUUUAUACCGUAUCGGAGACCAACGAGAACGGAAACGCCGGGCGCCCUUACUACCGCUGCGACCAGUGUGGGUCCUUUACGUGCUUCGCGGACAUGCGUGGAGUGCACCCGGAGAACCCGGCCUGCGAUUGCGACGGCAACUUUUCUUGUCGACUCCAAGUGGCGGGACGCAAUGACCGAAGCCUUCGCCCGGGGGCCUUGUUCUAUACAUGUGCGGUCGGUCAGUGCAGAUUCUUUCAACGCGUUGAAGACGAGAACGGG